GAAAUUAGAAACGAUAGGCCCAGCCCAGUGGUUCCGUUUGAAUUGGAAAUUGAAGAUCUAAAACCCUAUCGAUCUAUCUGUGUAUCGAGUAUCGAUCGAUCAAUCGUUCUGGUUGGAAAAGAUGCCUCAGAGGCACUCGAAGAACAACAACGACCUCGCCUUCUUCACGUACGAUGAGAAGCGGAAGCUAGGUUAUGGGACCCAGAAGGAGAGACUCGGCAAGGACUCCAUUAAGCCCUUCGAUGCCUGCUGCCUCUGCCUCAAAUCCUUAAUCGACCCUAUGAGCUGUCACAAGGGCCAUCUCUUUUGCAAAGAGUGCAUUCUCCAGUGCCUCUUGUCUCAGAAGAAAGACAUUCAAAGAAAGGUUGCAGCCCAUGCUACUCAGCAGAAGCAAGAAAAAGAGGAGGAAGAAGAGAGGUUGAUGCUGCAAAAGGCUAAAGAGCUUGAUGCAUUUGAUCAACAAAAUCAUGGUGCUGUACCGCAAUACAGUGACAGAAAUUAUAGCCGUGAUAAGAAUGGUUUCCAUGGGGCAAACAGUGUGAAGGCCACUUCCUUUGAGGAGGAAGCCCUUCGGACAAUGAAGGCAUUUUGGCUGCCUUCUGCUACACCGGAAGCUUCUGUCAAAGUAGAAGCCCCUUCUACCAGCACUAUCUGUCCGGAAGGCAAGGAGAAACUGAAGUUAAAGACACUUUUCCCUGUCCAGUUUACUGAGGAUACUAGUGAGCAGAAAAAAUCCAAGGCUCUUGACAAGACCUACAUUUGCCCUAGCUGUAAAGUUACUCUUACCAACACAAUGUCGCUUGUGGCCCUUAGUUCAUGUGGGCAUGUAUUUUGCAAGAAGUGCGCUGACAGAUUUAUGGCUGUUGAUAAGGUUUGUCUUGUUUGCAACAAGGCCUGUAAAGAGAGAAAUUUGGUGAAUUUGGAGAAGGGAGGGACAGGUUUUGCUGCUCACGGGGAUCAUCUUGAAGCCACAGACUUCAAGCAUUUGGGAAGUGGUAGUGGUUUAGGGCUGGUUAGACCUGCAAUGAAAACUUGACGUUUUAUUGAUUUAGCUUGUUGGGUACUCCACCCAUGAGAAGAAAAAUUGUGUUUUAACUUCUCUUGAUGAGGUUACCUUGUUACCGUGAUACACAUAUCAUCUGUAUGACUAUUAAAUGUUCUACUUGUUUAUUUCACUUUUACCUUUUUAUUAUUAUUAUUAUUUCUUUGCCCA